AUGAAACAACGAGGUCGAUUGAGAGAUGGGCCGUUCAGCAUCGACGUCGGCAGUGGUGUCAUAACGCUGGCCUCCCCGCUGGAGAAAACCAAAUUCAGAUACCAUCUUAACAUCUCCGCAAUCGACAAUGGAGCUUGCUGUCCUGGAACGACCUCGAGGAAGAGUCACGGUCAACUAAUCAUCGAGGUCAAGGACGUAAAAAACCACGCCCCAAAGUUCGUCGACUGUGCCUCGUACAAUCCAGUCAUCAUGGAGAAUGAGAACGUUGGGACGUUUGUUGUGCGGGUUAAGGCUGUAGAUCUAGACGCCGGACAAAACGGAAAAGUUUCAUACUCUAUCGUAAAAUCAAACGACCAGAGUAGCGACAAAUUUGAAAUCAAUUCGUCAACCGGUGAAAUAAGGACAUCGGAAGUUUUUGACAGAGAGGCACAAUUAGGUGUAACAGAUUACGGGAUCACUGUGAAAGCGGAGGAUGAGGGUUCUCAGUCAUUAGCAGGAUUUUGUUCAUUCCGGGUAAAAAUCGGAGAUAAAAAUGACAAUCCACCGGUGUUCAGUCUUUCAACCUACCUGACGUCCGUCGAAGAAAAAUUUCCAGUCGGUAAGAGAGUGAAACAAGUGUAUGCAACCGAUCGUGACAUCGGCGAUAAUGGGAAGAUUGAGUACUACAUGAAAAGUGAUCCGUCAGGUUUCUUCGCCAUCAAUCAGUUCAACGGCUGGGUCUCAAUUGCGAAGCCUAUGUCGGGAGUUAGUUUUCUCUCUAAAUUAACUUUUGUGAAAGUGAUAAUUGCAAUAAAAUUAAUAUAUUUAACCGAACAUUGCAAUAAAAGUUUGACGAGUUUAGUCUUCACACCUAACAAUCCUUUGCAGCGUGACAUGGUUAAAAUUGUCAUAGAAGCAAGGGAUAAGGGCGUCCCGCCGCAGUCCAGCAUAUCCCACAUGGAGAUCAAAAUAACACAAAAAUCUAACGCCUAUCCCAGCUGGGAUAAAGACUACUCCCAAAUACCGCUGACGGUCAGCGAAAACGCUCCUGAGAACACGAUCAUCACGAGGUUGCGGGCUCACUCUUCCAUUCCUGAUUCGACCGUCAACUACAUCAUACAGUCCGCUGACGUGCCGGAAAAGAAUGGAGAACCAAGAAGUUUUUAUCACUUGGUUGAUGAAAAAAAUAAUGAAAUGGUUUUGUUGACAUACCGGGCGCUUGACUUUGAAGCUAUUCCGCAUUAUUUCAUCACAGUGAAAGCAGCGAACCGGGCAACAAACUCUCUGCACAUCGAUACACGCUUACUGAUCAACCUGAUCGACGAAAAUGACGAAAUUCCUCAAUUUGUUGGACUGAACGAGAACGGAUUGUUCUCUGCAACGGUUGCUGAGAACAUGAAACCAGGAACUGAUGUCAUCACUGUGUCCGCCUGCGAUAAGGAUCACAACCCUUUCUACAGCAAAAUAAGUUAUCGUUUGAAGAAAGAAGGAACUGAUUACGACAAAUUCACGAUAGAUAAAGAUACGGGUGUCAUCAGGUCGAGAGCAACGUUUGAUAGGGAGGUGAAGCAGGAUUAUUAUUUGGAGGUGAUUGCUGAAGACGGAGCGCCGUCACAAAGGACCAACCACUAUCCGCCGGGAACUCCCAACCAAGGUAUAGCUGGAGUUCAAAUUCGCGUGACGGACACGAACGACAACACGCCGUACUUCAAGAAUGAAAAUUACACAACGAGGGUCCCGGAGAACACUGAUCCUGGAACUGUCAUCACCACCGUAACUGCAGAGGAUAACGAUGAAGAUCACAGAUUGUUCUACUCCAUAGUAGAUGGCAAUUUGGGCAAUGCGUUUGAAGUGACACCAGAUAAUGGGGAGAUAAAAGUCAGAGGACAGUUGGAUUAUGAAAAUGGACCGAGGGAAUACAGAUUAAUGUACAGAGUAUUUGAUGAGAAGUUCACCAAUUUUACUCUGGUGAUUGUUCAAGUUCUGGACGUCAAUGACAACCCACCCAAGUUUGACAACUCCAUAUACAACGUAACUGACAUCAAUGAGGAAGAACCUGGAAUUAGUAAAAACAACGAGAAGUACCUUCUCACUGUUCGGGCAACGGAUCCAGAUGUUGACAGAAAAUCCUCUAUACGCUACAGCCUCACUGGUCAGUUUGCGGACGAUGGCACUUUCGUCAUCAACGAAAGUUCAGGUACCAUCUCUCUAACUCGUCCACUGGACCGAGAUGCGGGAAAGGGUCGACCCGUAUGGAACUUCAACGUGCUAGCCCACGACGAAUCACGGGACGACCAGCCAUCACUGACGGGGUACGCUGAGGUGAGGGUCAUGCCGCGUGAUAUUAACGAUAACGCACCUGUCUUUGAUAGAAACAGAUUGAUCGGAAGAGUUCCAGAACAUUCUAAAGCAGGUGUAACGGUGCUGACAGUCAUAACAACAGACGUAGACAACGGAAACAACGGCUCGGUGACCUACAGUUUGAAACAAGUCCCCAUGAAAGGCCAGCAACCACUCUUCACGAUCAACACCCAGAUGGGACUCAUCUCCACGGUCAUCCCUAACGCUCUGGAUAGGGAGGUGCAGGCCGAGUACCAGGUCCUGGUGCAGGCCAGGGAUAGGGGCAUCCCUCCACUUAUGUCGAGUGCCACGGUGACGAUCCUCGUCGACGAUGUUAACGAUCAUCGGCCUCGAUUCAGUCACCUCCUCUACAAAGCAGUUCUUAGCGAAAGUGAGCCAGAAGGACACCAUGUGCUCACAGUAUCAGCUACAGAUAAGGAUAGUGGCAACAACGCCAAACUGACUUACUCACUGAAGGAAAAGGACAGAUCGCACUUCUACAUUGACACCAUCGAAACCACCAACUCUGGUGUCAUCAAAGUUUUUAAGCCCUUAGAUUACGACACAAUGGAGAAACCUUAUUUCAACUUGACGGUACACGUUCGUGACUCCAACCCAAACCAUAACGACACUGCCUUCGUCGAAAUCACCAUCACAGAUGCCAACGAUAACCCACCUGUUUUUAAUCCUAAUCUUGAAAAGGCAACGCUAUUUGAGAACGCUACUGUUGGAACGACCUUAAAAAAGUUCACGGCAAUUGAUAUUGACACUGGUAUCAACGCAGAAUUCAGCUACUCAAUAGAUAGAUCUACGGACAUGGAAAAACAGUUCGCAGUGGAUGCGAACGGUUUGGUGACCGUAUCGAAACCUCUAGACAUGGAAGUAAUGCCAGCGCACAGAAUACAGAUCCAUGCUAUUGAUAAAGGCAAUCCUCCUCAGACUGGCAGAGGCACUCUGAUGAUCAGUCUUCUAGACGUGAAUGACAAUCCACCCGAGUUUGCCGCCAUCUAUCAACCUGUAGUCUACGAAAACAAGCCGGCCGAGCAGAUGGUCAUCAUGGUCAGUGCUGUAGAUAGGGAUAGUGCAGCCAAUGGUGCCCCGUUUGAACUCUGGCUGCCCUGUGGUGGGGCCUGUCCGUGUCAGGCUAACCCAACGUGCGCUGACUUUGGGUUCACUUUCAUACCAGGCGGCGGAUUGAACGGCAACGGAGCAGGCCGGAUUCAAACACUAAGGUCAUUUGAUCGAGAGCUGCAGAAGGAGUACGAGAUCCCCAUAGUCAUGAGGGACAGUGGUCAGCCCUCUGUAAGUGGAACGUCCACCCUGACAGUCACCAUCGGAGACGUCAAUGAUAACGAACAUUUCCCUGGUCAUAAAGAGGUUCUCGUUAACAAAUACGUUGGCUGGAAGGGAGAAUUCGAUAAUUACCCGCUGGGCAACGUGUUCGCGGAAGAUGAAGAUGAUUGGGACUUGGAGAACAAAACAUUUCAACUGGUUCACCACCAUUAUCAUGACAAACUUUUCAGAGUAGACAAAAACACUGGACAGUUAUACACGAAGAGUCCUUUAAAGGAAACGACAUACAAUUUGAAGGUCAGGGUUCAUGACCUGGUGUGGAACAAGGAGGUCGUGUCAACUGUGAGGAUUGAAGUGCAUUCGUUUGCUGAUGACGCCGUGCAGAAUAUGGCUUCACUCAGAAUCCAAGGAAUCACCGCUGAAAAGUUCAUAUCAAAACCUGAAAAGUCCAAAAAAAUAUCGAACGUCUUCGCUCAGCAUGAACAUCACAGUAGGAUGGAGUUGUUUGCGAUGUUGCUGGCUAGUAAGUUGGAUGGGAAGGAGUACCGGGCUAGUAACGUGGAGAUUCUCAGUGUAACGAACCACGCAACCAUGUUGAAUGUUAUAGAUGUCUGGUUUGCCGUACACGGUUCGCUCUAUCUAAAACCAUCCAAACUCAACGGGUUGAUCCAUGUCUACAAGCAAGAGUUUGAGAGUGUCUUGGAGGGGAGCAUACUGAUGUCUCCAAUCAACGAAUGCAUGAUAGAGAAGUGCCUAGACGUGACAGAUGGUUGCAGAACUCUGGUGACCAUCAGUGAACACGAACCUCUCAUCAUCAACACGAAUUCAUCUUCAUUCGUUGGUGUCAUCGCUCAAUCGAAAGCUGAAUGUUCAUGUUCUUCCGCUGCGUCGUUCCUUGAAAGCCUGGGUAGGGAGUGCCAACCGAGCAGUUGUUUCAAUGGAGGAACUUGUGUCCAGAAAUAUUCUACUCUUGAAUGUCUCUGCCCGCCGGAUUUCAAUGGACCACGGUGUCAGCAGACGCACAUUAGUUUUUCUGGUUCAGGAUAUGCGUGGUUUCAACCGUUUGAAGCUUGCCGUCAUAAUCACAUCAGUUUUCAAUUCGCUACCACCAGGGCAACCGGACUGAUACUUUACUACGGACCUAUAACAUACACGAAGAACAACCCAUUCCUCGCACUGGAACUAAGGAAUGGCUACCCGUUGUUAAGAAUGGACGACGGAAAGGGUGAGGUCGUGUUGAGUUUCGUGGAAGUCGAUCUACAUAUCGUCAACAAGAUGAACAAACUGAAUGACGGAGCGUGGCAUAGGGUUGAUAUCAUCAUUCAAAAUCAGUUUGUCAGGUUGAUAGUGGACAGAUGCGAGCGAGGUCCUUCAAUUUUUGAAUCAGAGAGUGAGUCGUCAUCAAUCGUUCUCACCAACUCCUGCGAAUCCAUGGCCAACCUGAGCGGCGAAGAUAGAGGAAUGAUGCACAUCAAUGGACCGCUGAGUCUUGGCGGUAGUCACCCGGACAGCAGCAUACCUGAGCAUAUCACUGACGAUGCAUUCGAAGGCUGCAUUAAGCACCUCGUGAUCAAUAAUCAACUGUACGAUCUCCACGUCGGGUUGGAAGGGCAGGGCGAUUCAUUUGAAGACGGAUGUCGUAAGGAGGAGGCCAUCUGCCACGGCCUCAGUAGCAGCAACCCCAACAGCAGCAGCAAAAGUAGCGACAAGUUGGCGAGACAGAGCGGCAAGAACAGAUGUGGUAGCGAGGGGGAAUGCUUGGCGGGCAUAGUGCCAUCCUCAAACGUGCAGUGUGUAUGCAAGCCUGGCUGGAGAGGAUUUGGUUGCAGCAUUCCCACAACUGUCCUGGACUUCGGGCAAAAAGGUUUUGUGGAGUUGGACUUUAAAGACGACAUGUACGCAGACAUGGACAGGAAAAAUGGAUUUGAAAGUGAUUUAAAGGUCAUGGUGAGAACCAGGCAGACGUCGGCUCUACUGUUCAAGAGUUACAACACCCAGAAAUCUGAAUUCAUUGCUUUAGAGAUAAUUGACAGUCGCCUAACGUAUCGAUUCAAUAUCGGAUCAGAAGAGAGUAAAGUAAGCCUAUCUCAACUCAACAUAUCGGACGGGGAGUGGCACUCCAUUGCAGUCGAGAGGAGGGGGAUCUGGGUUGAAAUGAUAGUUGACAGGGGGGAAGGAAUCUACUGCAACAGGUCUUUUCCUAUGAUUGAUAAACAUCACGUUGCCUUCAAGGUCAGCCAGAGGUCAAUAGUGUUGGGCGGUGAUGUGAAGUUUCCCUCGUUUGGAUCUGAUCCUCUAGUUAGCCGGGACUUCAACGAUGGAUGUCUAACAGACGUGCGUUACAAUGGCAUGUGGCUGCCUAUGACGCCACAGGAAAACGACGAAAGCGAAUGCGCCGAAGUCAUGAGUCGGAGUCAGAACAUCGAGGCUGGAUGUUCGUCCGAGGCUUGCAACCAAAUCGACAUCUGUCAGGACGGACUCGUCUGUGUGGAUCUCUGGCGGAGAGCUGAGUGCAGAUGUCCAAUUGGUAGCAGGCCAGUUACAAUACAUCACCAGCAACCUCUUUUCAACGAGCAACCAUUCCACCACCAGCCACCAUUCCAGCACCACAUCCACCACCAGCAGGAGCAGCAGCUGCAGCAGCAACAAAAUCUACAAUACUCGCAACACUUGAAACGACAAUCACUAGAUGAACAACUAGCUUGUGAACCAAUCAACGAGUGCCUUGAAUCAACUCCAUGUCUUCAUGGGCAGUGCCAAGAUACGCCGGAAGGAUUUUACUGCCUGUGCAACUCUGGCUACACAGGACCGAUAUGUGCUGAAGCUGUUACAGCCUCGUUCGUCGCUAUGACGCCUGAAGCGCUUCUUGCUAUUGUCCUUUCAUUCACCGUGGUCACUGUGAUCGUAUUUGUGGCCAUCUUGGUCAUGCGAAGAAGGCCACACACGUCAUACAGUGAUGUCGACCUGUGCGAUGACGUCAGAGACAACAUCAUACGUCACGAUGAAGAGGGCAUUGGCGAGGAAGACCAGCAGAAAUACGACAUAUCCAAGUUAAAGAAACCAGUACAGCCUGUUGGGAAUGGCCUCGCCAAGCCAAACAACAACAUCAACAACACGAACAAAAACAGCAAAAACAACAGCACCAACCACAACAACAUUAACAAAAAUAACGCCAACAAUAAAUUAAAAGUUGCUAACAAACACUUGACUUCUGUCAAUAACAUUGAUCUCCUUAACAACCAUAAGGUGAUGUAUGAGAUGCAGACGGUUCCCAUUCUUGUUAAUGAUAAAAAACCUCCAAAAUCGUCACUAGUCGUCAAAGGCAAGAAAGAGUUGUACAGCAGCAGCAGCAACAGAACGACGCCACAAUCGCGACUUCCGCUUCCGUCGUCAUCAUUCCCCUCAUCUUCUUCAUCAUCGCCGCGUGUACAUUCAGAUGAUAUGCUGGUAGUUUUGAAGAAAAAGUUGAAAAAAAUUGAGGCCGACCCGGUAGCUCCACCGUUCGAGACCGUCAGAGAGUACGCCUUUGAAGGCUGUGGCAGCUACGCCGGGUCGCUUAGCUCGUUGGCUUCAAACUGCGACGACGACGAUGACGUCAUCGUCGGUAAUGAUGAAAAUCACAUGACAGCUGGACGGGCGGUCGACAGGCGAUUCAUCAUCAGCCAACUGACCAAUCAGCGGCCUGCGUUUAAAAAAUUAGCCGACCUCUACGGAAGCAAUAUCACGGUAUACUUUAGUGACAACGACGCAAACGCAAAUGAAGAUGCGUUUAACAACGCAUCACAUCCAUUGCAUGCGAUAUGCGGGAAUGUCUUUGAAAUUGAACAGGGUGACUGCAACAGAGCUGUCAGGCACCUUGACCAUUUCACUAACACGCAAUUUGUAAAAGAUGUUUAA